AUGGCUGCCACAGCCCCACCCAAGUCGAAUUCUGGCAACAAUGCCUUCAAAGAUAAGGAGAAGCCUAUGGCCGUCCGAAACGCCAACAUCAUGGCAGCUCGAGCUGUUGCAGACGCAAUACGCACUUCACUAGGUCCAAGAGGAAUGGAUAAGAUGAUACAAACGGGAAAGGGCGAGACCAUAAUUACCAAUGAUGGCAACACGAUGCUGAAAGAUAUGAGUGUCAUGCACCCAGCGGCGAAGAUGCUCGUCGAUCUCAGUGCAGCUCAAGAUGUGGAGGCAGGAGACGGUACCACCUCGGUAGUAGUGAUUGCUGGGAGUCUACUGGGAGCAGCGGAUCGAUUAUUGGCAAAGGGCAUACAUCCUACCGUCAUAUCGGAAUCAUUCCAGCGAGCUGCUGCAGCUGCAGUGCAGACGCUCGAGAAAAUGUCACACCCAAUAUCUUUAUCAGAUCGGACCACACUGCUACAAGCCGCCUCUACAUCGCUCUCGUCCAAGAUUGUCUCCCAACACUCGAACCUACUUGGUCCUAUGGCCGUCGACGCCGUGCUCAAGACUAUCGACCAGAAAACUGCAGACAAUGUCGACCUAAAAAACAUCAGAAUAGUGAAGAAAGUGGGCGGUACAAUAGAAGACAGUGAAAUGAUUGAUGGUCUGGUGCUCAAUCAGCCAGUAGUGAAGAGCGGAGGCGGACCAGCCAGAAUGGAGAAAGCCAGGAUAGCCCUGAUACAGUUCCAGCUGAGCCCUCCCAAGCCGGAUAUGGAGAAUCAGAUUGUAGUGAACGACUACCGACAGAUGGACAAGAUUUUGAAGGAGGAACGAACGUAUUUACUAAACAUGGUCAAGAAAAUCAAGAAAGCGAAGUGCAACGUCCUCUUGAUACAAAAGUCUAUACUCAGAGAUGCAGUCAAUGAUUUGAGUCUACAUUUCCUGGCGAAACUUAACAUUCUAGCGGUCAAGGACAUCGAGCGAGACGAAGUCGAGUUCAUCUGCAAGAGCACAGGCUGCAAACCAAUUGCCGACAUCGACUCCUUCACGGAGGACAAGCUCGGCUCCGCGGACCUCCUCGACGAGGUCCAAGCGUCAGGCUCGCGCAUAGUCAAAGUAACCGGCAUUGCCCACAAGCACCCAAACAUUCCCAAGACCGUUAGCAUAAUCUGCCGCGGUGCCAACUCGCUCAUCCUCGAUGAAGCCGAACGCUCUCUACACGACGCUCUUUGCGUUAUUCGGUGCCUGGUAAAGAAGAAGGCACUCAUCGCCGGCGGUGGAGCGCCUGAGAUCGCGAUUGCCAAUACACUCUCAAGGCAAUCGAGAGAAAUGACGGGAACCGAAGCGAUCUGUUGGAAGGCAUUCGCAGAUGCUAUGGAAGUCAUUCCUACCACACUUGCGGAGAACGCUGGAUUGAACAGCAUACGAGUGGUUACAGAUUUGAGGCAUAGACACGAGUUUGGCGAGAAGAACGCAGGAGUCAGUAUCCGAAGUGGAGGCGUCAAGAAUAACAUGCAAGAAGAGAAUGUGCUCCAGCCGCUACUGGUGAGUACCAGUGCGGUGGAAUUGGCGGCAGAGACGGUGAAGAUGAUACUUAGGAUUGAUGAUAUUGCUUUGUCACGGUAA